AUGGGAAUUAAUACUCGCAAGUAAUACAUAGGUAAUUAAGUCAUCGAAACUCAAAAUAUUACCAUUCAAUAAUCGUAGAAAAAAACUUAUUCACUAAAUAACAGUGGAGGGCCAAAUAAUCACCAAGAAUAGUAUGAAUAUUAAGUUUCAUAACCCUAGAAUACUUAGAAAAUCUAGUAGAGUCCUGUAAAUUACUAAAACUUGUACCAAGUUCAUUAGCAAUUAAAUAAGAAAUUGAUAAGUUAACUGGAUGCUAGUUCAAAUAAUUAGCAAAUUUAGAAGAAUAAUUAGCAGCAAUAGUCUUACUAGAAGUAAAUUAGACAGCCAAAAAGAAAUUUGAAUUAUACCAUCUAGCAUGAGUCCUAAAAUGAUUAUUUGCUUCAACCUAUUGAAGAUGAAGAUUAAGAAUAUAUCUUUGAUCCGAAUAAUGAAUAUCGUUCUAAGUCAACAUUACGUUAAAAUUUACAAACCAAUCUACCGCUUAUUAAUAAAUAGCCUAAGAAUCGGUAUGAUUAAUCAGAAAGUGAUUUAUAGAGUAUUAGAACUAGAUCCUUAAAAAGUGAAAAAUCUACAAAGUAAAUGAAAAACUAUUCUCAGCAAAAUUACUUCAAUAAAAUGUAUCUUUACAAGGGUACUCACCGUGUAUCAAUUACUAAUUUCAAAGUUAGAGAUUAGCCCAUAUUGGCCUAACUUCCUUUCAUUAUUUUCAGGAUACAGAAUAAUAUUUAUAUUCAGUCUAAAGCAACUUAAGACUUGAUAAGAACUAAUUUCCUCAAUAAAAAUGCAAAAUUAAUAAUUUGCUUGCCUGAGAAACUUGCUGAAAAGUAUGUGAUGAUGAGUGACAAUAAAUUUGAGAGGCUCAUUGAGGAAAAGAUUUCUAUAACUAAUAAUCAGCUUAUUAUUGCAAGUAUUAGUAAAUUUGCAGGAAUAGGGGAAAAAUUGCAAAGAGAUACCAUAAGAAGUUUAAGCACUUAAGCGUAAUAUAAGAAAGAUGACUUAAUUAACCAAAAGAUUAAACUUAACUAUAGUCAAUUAGAGUAAGAUUACAAUGAUGAAGAUGAUGAGCAUGAUAAUCCAUUUAAGUCAAGAUAACAAGUAAACUAAAAGCAUUAGUCCUUUUAAUAAAAUGGAAAAAGUUUAAACAUUAAUGAAUCUAGCGUUAUUUUCGUGGGCAGAAAUACUAAACAGGAAUCAAUAAAGAGUGUUAAAAUUGUUAAAUUAGGAGAAAUAGCUAAAUAAGGAGCAAAAGAGGCUAUGGAAUCAACAUAAUUCCAUUAGAAAAAGAGAAGUUAACCUGAAAAUCAGAAUGAAUAAAGACUGUUACUGCCUGAUAUUAAUGUUCCAAUUUUUACCAAAACAAACUUUAAUGUCACUCCUGUAUCCUCCAAUAAAUCAAAGCUUGAAAAGUUCACUCCAAAUACGAUGGGUAUUGAGACAUUAAAUUUUACAAGAGUACCAAUGAUAAAUAAUGUCUCAAUAACUACUAAAAAUGCUAAGAAGCAAAAUUAUAGUAUUUUGGGUUUGGAAAAAAUAGACAAGUUUCAAGUAGAUGCAUAAAUGCAGACAAAUGUAUAAGAUGACGAAAAUACUAGUGACAAGAAUGUUUAAAUAGAUUUUGAUAAGAUGAGUAAUUAAAUCAAGAAAAAUUAAAGCAACUAAGAAAGCAAUUUGAUAGCAUCCUUAAAACACAAAGAUCAAAAUUAAAUAUCUUAAAAUAAUGACAGGACUUAAAACUUUAUGGGAGUUAAGCAACCUUAAGCUGUUGAAACUAAGCGAAAAUUAAGGAAAACUAUAAAUCAGUAGGGAUUGAUUCUUAAUCGUCAUUCUUCUAGCAGUUAAGAUGAAUCUGACUAUGGCUAAAUAACUCAGAAGUAUUUUAAUGUGAAGGAUAUCAUACUUAACAAGCCUAACUAAUAGUAAGUUAUGCAGUAAAAUUCAAACUUAAAAACCCCAGACAAUAAAUAGCAAAAAUAGUCGCCACAGCUUAACUAAUAGAAAUUUUAAACAUAAACUCAAUUUCAUUAAACUUCUUAAGACACCUAAUUUACUGGUUUUAUGCAAAGGAGAUCAUCGAAUCCAUCAAAAUAAAAUGACACUAAUCUUAAUCUAACUUCAUAUAAAAAUAAAGAGGUAUUAUCAUCACCAAGUAUGAAUACAAAAAAUGAAAUUCUUAUUUAAGAUGAGUAAAAAUAAAAAACUAUUUAAAGCUCUACAAUAAAUGCACAAACUGAUAAUACUUUAGAAAAACAACUUAAAAAAAUUACUUCAAAUAAAGCUAAGAUAAUUUAAAGUGAAAAGAUUUAAGCUAUGAUAAAGUCAAAAUAGAAUUCAAUAAGUUAGAAGCGAAUUGUAUUGAAGAAGGAUUAGAUUGUCACUAAAUACAAGCCUCCUUAAGUUGCAAUAGAAGAAGAAACCUAAGAAGAUGGUGGUUAUACGACAAGUUAUGAGGGAAGUAAUGAAGGAGAGGAUGAUGAGGAGUUUUUAUCACAGUAAGUUUCUGAAAGUGUUCAAAAUAAUUACAGUCAGAGUUAAUUUGAAUUUUAGUAAGAUUAGAAUUACAAGAUUUGA